UAAAAAUUGAGAAGUUAAAAUAGAUAUAAUCUGUCAGUCAGUCAGUGUAUGUGUGUGUUUAUGUGUUGGUAAUAUGAAGUAUCAAAAAGUAUAAAGAUUUUUAUGCUUAAGAAAAUCAAAGAAAUUAAAUAUUAUUAAGAACCUAAAAUCUGCGCAUUAAUAAUAUAUUUCUAUCUUCAACAAAAUUAAUAGUUUUUAAUAAUAUUAGCACAUAAAAAUUAAAAAUAGAUGAUGAUCAAGAAGAAGAAUAAUAGCAAAGUAAGCGAAGCUUUAAAUCUAAAGAAUAUUUCUCUCAAAAUAUUUAACUAAAUAGAGAGAGAAAGCUCUUUCGAUUAUUAUUCAAUAAAAGGAUGUUUGCAACUGCUUACGGAAAAGAAACCUUCUUAUGUGUAGUUUAAAUACAUUGGAACAGGUAAGCAAAGUCUAGUGCUCAAAGUUAAUGAUUAGUUUGUAGUUAAAAUCAAAAAAAUUAAUAGACACAAUGAAAAGGAAAUAAAAGAUUUAGAUAUUUUGGUUAAUGCAGUAAGAUCCCUUGGAAAGGAAAAUUAUAUUCAUCAAGUUGAUGAUAGUUAUUUUUUGCAAAGUGAUUUUUAAGAGAGCAAAAUAGAUUUGUUCUAUAUUUAAGAAAUGGAGUUUGCUAAUGGCAACUUCGAAGACUUAUUUCUAUAGCUGAGAACUAAAAGCAUUGAAUUAAAAGAUUGGUAAAAAGAAAGGAUGGCUAUAUAAUUAUUUGAUGCUUUGAACAUAUUUCAUUAAUGCGGAAGUUGCCACAGGAAUAUAAAACCUUCAAAUAUUUUGUAUUUUUAUGAAAAUGGAAAUUUUACUGUCAAACUAGCCGAUUUAUAAGCAAACAACACAGAAGACUUUUCUUAGGAAUUCAACUAAAUUACUAAUCCAGUCAGUUCUUAUAAAUAUAUUGAUGUAUAUCAACCUCUUGAGGCCUAUCUUAACCAAUACCAUAAAAAGAGUGAUUUGUUUAGACUUGGAUUAGUCCUUGCACAGCUUGAUACUCCUUCAUUUUAAUUUACUAAUAUUAGCUUUGAAAAAUAUCUACAAUUUCAAGCUAACUUUUCAGAAAAUAUCUUUCCUAUAUCUGAUAACAUCAAAAAAGAUACUUUUCUUUAUAAAAUAAUUCAAAGAUGCUUGCAUAAAAACCCAAGCUAAAGACAAUAGAGUUAAUAUUACCUUUAAAGCUUGAUUGAAAGACAAAAAUCUCUUAAUAAAAACUAGGAUUUGAUAAUAUUCUCGAUUCAGCCACCAUCAGAAGAAGACGAAGAAAUCAAAUUGUUCAAUAUUCUCAUGUAGUAAUUUGGAUAAGACGCUUAAUUGCUGGCAAAUAAAAUAAUUUAAUUGAAGAAAUAUGCAUGCUUUAAUGCUCUUGGAGCUGGAAGCUAGGGAAUAGUCAUUGAAGCAUUAAACAGAGAAUCGAAUAGAAUAGUUGCUUUGAAAAUAUAGCUAAUAGAGGAUCAAUAAAGCAAAGAGUAACUAGAGACAGAAGUCUAAGUAGUUUAAAGUCUUUAAUCUUAAUAUAUUGUUAAAAUUUAUGAAGUAGAAAUGCUUAAAAUUGGAAAAAAAGAGUUUUAUAUCAUUCAAAUGGAGAAGUGUGACUGUUCUCUUUUUCAAUACUUAAAAGCAAACUAAACUUAGUUUUCUAUUGACGAAACACUUAAAAUAUAAAUAGCUUAUUAAAUUAUUGUUGGAUUAAAUAUCUUACACUCUAAAAACAUUAUACAUAGAGACAUUAAACCUUAAAAUAUAUUGGUUUGUAUUCAAGGAUCUAAUAGCGUAUAAAUUAAAAUAGCUGACUUUGGUUUUGCUAAAGAAGUAAAUAAACAGACAUAGUAAGCCUCAUAUGAACACCUAUGUAUUCUGCACCAGAGUUCUCUAAAAAUAUAAUAACGAUGAAAUCUGAUAUAUUUAGUUUAGGUAUCAUUCUACUUGAGAUAGAUAACUAUGAAGACUUUAGCUAUUCGUUUUAGAACUUUUUGUAACUUAUGAUCCCCUUUACAGUACCUUUGGAAGGAAUAAAUUAAAUUAGAAGAAAUAGCUUUCUUUAUUAAGUUGCUUCUCAGUGUCUUAAAUACAGCGAAAAGUAAAGACCCCAGUUAAACACCCUAAUACAACUAUUUUAAAAGGAAUAAUAUAAUCAAAUACCUUAACUUAUAGAAAGAACUUGGGAUAUUAAUUGGGAAUAGCUAUUUUCUAAAUACAUAGAUUUUUAAGAUUUAUGUGAGCUCAUUAAAUGUAAGUUAGAGUCUCAAAAAGAUAAUUAUCAACAAAAUUCUACACUAGAAUUAAAUUUCAGCAAUCUAAAUUUAGAAGACAUCCACAUCAAGAUUUUUUCAGAUUUCAUCACACAAUUCCCACUCGCAUAAAAAAUAAUUUGGAGUUUUAGGUACUCAAAUUCUUACUCACUAUUUUAGAUAUUAAAAUUUACUUUUAUAUCCACUUUAAAACCUUUCAAAACUAUCUUAAUAUCUAUUAUUAAAAAGAUUAAAA